AGGUAAUUUUUCAUAAAUGAAGUGUUAUCUUUAUGGCAGUAAAGUCUCAUGGAAGCAGAAUCGAAUCUAAAUCGAGCCGGUGACAAAGACACGCGACAAUAUAAAGGAAAUGCGGUGGCAGAAGAGGAACUGAAGCCACUUUUCAAUUCUACUGCAAAUCCAAACGAAGGAAAACCGGUAGAACGAAUCGCUGCAUCCGAAAUCAAUUCUCAACAAGACUCUCCUCGACUCUUACUUCGACGAAAUGAUGGUAAUUUAGCCCUUUCGAUUCGUGCUCACUCGCCCAAUUCCAGCCCCGUGCAAAGACGUCAUAAGAAUCCCGAGGCAAAAGAAGACGAAAUAUCCAAUAAUAGGAUAGACAAUGUUUCCAUCAACUUGAGUGACUCUCAGAUUUUAUUUAAUCACGAACAACCGUCAUCUCCUUCGAAAUCUCCUUCACCCGAAAGACCUAACCUUCGACCCAGAAGAAAUAUGAGUGAUGUCACAAUAGAACUUAGUUCUAUUAAAUCAAAUACACCAGUCCCCUCUCUCAACGAAGGAAAAGACGACGACGAACAAAUUCUAGAAACAUUAAGGGUAGUGAUAAGAAAAUGUACGAACCCAGAAGCCAGCAAAAGACCAACUUCGGACGAAAUCGGCAAUCUCUUUAAUUCCUUCCUCAAAUGACCAUCGACUAUAUUUAUAUUGUUUCUCUUCUCGUCAGGAAUGAAGAUAUUGUCUCUUCAUUAUUCAUUUUCUUCAUACGUGACAAUAAAACUUCGUCAUUGAACAAAGUUCGAUAAACCUUUUAUAUAAACAACGACUGUAAAUUUAAAAUAACAGACUUAGAUUUAUUUCUUAACUGAAAUAAACGCUUUUAUAGAAUAAAAUAUUAUAGAUAAAAACCGCUCCAAAACUGUAAUAUAAUGUUAAUUAAUUAAGAAUAUCCUCAUUGGAAACAAUGAAACAUAUUUAAGUUACUAAAUAAUUUUAUACAAAAAAAUUAUGUAAAUAAACUCUAAAAGAUUGAAAUUUUAA